GGCGCCCCAGCCAGCGCGGACCGGCGGGCGCACGGGCAUCGCGCCGGGAGCAGCACCGCACCGUUCCGCGCGGGGCAGAGCGGAGCCGCAACCCCACGAGCCGCCCAGGACUCCCUCGCCUUCGCCGCCUCCGCAGCACCCAUGGGGACCAGGAGACUUUAAAGGAGUUAGGGGUUUCGGGAGCAGGGAAAUCACGGAUCCCCGCUCCUGGCCCUCGCCUCGCCGCGUCAUUGAUGGGCAACCAACUGGACCGCAUCACCCACCUCAACUACAGCGAGUUGCCCACAGGGGACCCGUCGGGGAUCGAGAAGGACGAGCUGCGGGUCGGGGUCGCCUACUUCUUCUCGGAUGAGGAGGAGGACCUGGACGAACGCGGCCAGACCGACAAGUUUGGCGUGAAGGCCCCCCCGGGCUGCACUCCGUGCCCAGAGAGCCCCAGCCGCCACCACCACCACCUGCUGCACCAGCUGGUCCUCAACGAAACUCAGUUCUCCGCCUUCCGGGGCCAGGAAUGCAUCUUCUCCAAAGUGAGCGGCGGCCCUCAGGGCGCCGACCUGAGCGUCUACGCUGUCACAGCGCUGCCCGCGCUCUGCGAGCCCGGCGACCUGCUGGAGCUGCUGUGGCUGCAGCCGGCGCCCGAGCCGCCCGCCCCCGCCCCGCACUGGGCGGUCUACGUGGGUGGCGGGCAGAUCAUCCACCUGCACCAGGGCGAGAUCCGCCAGGACAGCCUGUACGAGGCGGGCGCGGCCAACGUGGGCCGGGUGGUGAAUAGCUGGUACCGCUACCGCCCGCUAGUGGCCGAGCUGGUGGUGCAGAACGCCUGCGGCCACCUGGGCCUCAAGAGCGAGGAGAUCUGCUGGACGAACUCGGAGAGCUUCGCCGCCUGGUGCCGCUUUGGCAAGCGGGAGUUCAAGGCGGGAGGGGAGGUGCCGGCUGGCACGCAGCCCCCGCAGCAGCAGUACUAUCUCAAGGUGCACCUGGGCGAGAACAAGGUGCACACGGCCAGGUUUCACAGCCUGGAAGACCUCAUCCGCGAGAAGCGCCGCAUCGACGCCAGUGGUCGCCUGCGAGUGCUCCAGGAGCUGGCCGACCUCGUGGACGACAAGGAGUAGCCUUGUGGGGGGCCGCCUGCUCCUCCUGUCUCCCCGCGCCCCGCUCCCUCCCCCGCACCCGGGCCUCCCGGCCGGCGAUCCACGA